ACAGGCAUUUUAAGGACAGAAUUUGGAGUGGAAUUACAACUUCAUAAACUGAGCGAGCGGAUGAUGGCAAUGGAAAACUUAUCCUUUGAAACCAAUCAGUCAAGGUGCAACGUGGCUGUCUACCCACCCAUGAGGAUGCCGUUGCAGUUUUUCUACAUGGCUGUCAUCAUCACAGCCAUCCCGUGCAAUAUCUUCUCCCUCUUCGUGGCCUGCCAGCACAUAAGACAGAAGAAAGAGCUCGGUGUGUAUCUGUUCAACUUGGCCCUGAGUGACCUGACCUUUACUGUCGGCCUCUCUCUGUGGCUGGACUUCCUGUGGCGCCAAGCUUGGACCCAUGGACGCCACGUUUGUCUGAUAUCUGUCAACAUCCUCUACACUAACUUUUACACCUGUGAUGCUUUCCUCUGCUGCAUCGCUCUUGACCGCUACCUGGCAGUAGUUCAUCCAUUCAAGUACACUUUCUUGAAGGGAAAAGUUGGCCUCGCAGCGAUGGUCAGCAUUGCCAUUUGGGUUACUGUGGUAACUUUCAACACCAUCACUGUGCCCUUGGAGGGAUUGUACAAUGAGAAGUUAUCAAGGUGUUUCGAUGUCAUCUACCCAGUGCCACAGAACGUGACUCGAGUUUGUAUGGCGCGCUUCUUCAUUGGCUUUGUUGUUCCUGUUCUCCUAGUGGGGUUUUCCACCUGGAGGAUCUGUGAGGUGGUGAAGUCCAACCAGGCCACAGAGGAACAGGAGCGUAAGCGGAUUUUGAAGCUGCUGACAGUCAUUCUGCUUUGCAUUUUUCUCUGCUUUGGGCCCAUCAACAUCACAAUGCUUCUCCAUACAAUGGUAGAGGACUGUAGUAAUGCCAAAUUGCUCUACUAUAUGGAUGAUAUAUCCAUGGCUAUCACAAGCCUCAACUGCCUUGCGGACCCUCUCCUUUACUGCUUCAUUACUGAAACAGGGAAGGCAAACGUCAACCAGGUUGUUCUCUUCUUCCAGCGCUCCGGUGAGUUUCAUGUCACUGUUAAGCGGAUUUGAAAACCUCACCCUGUACCCUACCUGAUCAGCACCAAACACCAGAUCGUCACAGUUGGGACUUUUUUUGACGGAUCUCAGGAGACGGAUCAAGAUUUCUAACAACGGUAAACAAAUGUGAACCGACAAACUGUGAGAAAUGAGGCGGACAAGGACCAACACUCACGUGUGCAAUUUACGCCAAUGUCAGUUCAGUUUGUUUUAAAAGGCAGUUUAUGUCUGCACAUUCUGUUCCAGCAUACUUUUAUAACUUCAGCUUUAUCAGCGGUGCGUCAUGGGGAACAGCUGUUCCAAGACUGAGUGUUUGCCAAAUGUCACCGUUGUUCUCUUGUCUGGCGCCAUCUCUGAAAGAACAGAGAAAAAAGAGGGAUAUCAAUGCAAAUAUACUGCCAUGCAUUAUUUGAAUAAGCUGUGAGUGGGAAAGGAAUAUUUGUUUUUUGUUUUGUGUUCAUAAAUGUGACUUUACCCCUUUAGACAUUUCACUUUGGUUUCACUUAAGUCAUUUUUUUUUCUUUUUUGCCAUGAGGACGGUGUGUUUGCAUUGAACAGACAAGUAUGAUUUCUUCCUUUCUAUGAGUACCAUCAGUGCCACCAUUUUAUGUUUUAAAAAUGCUGUGAAUUUGAAAAUGUCAAACGCUUUCAAAUGCUGGUUGAUGGUGCACUGGAGCAAACUGAAACGUGGAUAUCUGAGACUCUCUAGUGGACAAUUAUAGAACUGCAGCCAGGACUUCAAACAUUUCAGAUCUUUCAAUUUUAUUUAUUUAUUUAUUUUUUUGUUUUUUUAAUCUGUUGUAUUUUAUUAGGGCAAUAACUUUAUAUAGAAAUUAAUGUGUAACUAAGGCCUCGAUAAACUGCUGUUAUUUAUAGUGUAAUUUUGACUGGUCAUGUUGUUAUUACAUGUCAGAUUAAUUAUUUUAGGUUGCUGUCAACAAGUCAAAAGUUAAGUCAAAUAACUUUUAUGUGUUUUAUUUGGGUGUGCCCUCUGUGUGCCUUAUUAUGUUUAAUGUGAAGUGUAUGUUU